UACAAUAACAAGCUGCAUGUGUAAGUAGCACUCGAAUUUACGAUAUUUGAGAUUAUUUUCAAAACUAGAACUAAUGUGAUGAGCUAAUUCACUUUCAGUCGGGGAAGUUACUUGGACUAGUUCACAAUGAGGUUCAUUGGUAUUUUAGUGGCUUUAUUUUUUAACGUUCUGGAGAUCGAAAAUAGGAUGUUGCCUAUUUACUACGAGACUGAGGCUUCUAUAACUGAUAAAAAUACUGCAACGGAUUCCGUAGUUACAGCUGUCGAUUCUAAUGAUAAAGGAAUAAUUUCCAAAGCAUUGGAUGAUGAAGAAUUUGAACUUGAACAGAGAUCAACAAACAAAGGCAUUCCUAAGAAGCCGUGUGCAAUCGUAGUGCUAUCAAAUAUUCAAAACCCGUCUAUGCAGUCAUUACUGAGGAAGUAUAGAUAUGACGCAAAUGGUAUUCUAAUACCGAGCAGCGUGAAAUACUUUAUCAAGCUUCCGCAGGGUUUAAAAUCACCGUCCAUUCUGGUGCCGCUGAAUGAUAAAGCAUUUUCACCCCUAGGAGGGUUUGUGAGGUAUUAUAAAGAAGUCCCGCCGAUCCCGCAUGCUUGGUGAAUUAUAUAACUGUUCUUAAGAAUCCUAUUGCUAGACAUUCAACGGAUAUAAUAUUAUUAUUUGCUACAGAUUUUUCUUUGUGAUUUAUGAUAAUCAUAGGCGUGUAUAAUCUGUAAAAAAUGUAUGUAUAUGCAGUCAUUUUAAAGCUCUAACCAUUUAACAGUGCAGCACCACAUUCAAAAAUAUACCUUACUUUUAAAUAUCAUUGGUAUUUGAUUGCUAUUUAUUACCAUCCCGUUAAAGAGUGCAUUACUAAAUAUUAUUUAAGUACUAAGUCUUCUUAAAAGGGAAAACUAAAAUUACACAUGAAAUAUGAUAACAAGCCAAAGCAUAUGCCAGAUGGUUAUGCCAAGAAUCCUAAGGGAACAUGAUGGAAGAAGCCAAACAAACACCGCACCUGAUUGAACAUAUUCUGAGUAAUGGGAACAUAUGAGUAAGUUGUGUCGAAUAUACGUAUACCUACAAUAAACAAAUAAGUUAUGCAUGAUGCUUUGCUAACAAGAAAGUAAGUGAU